AUUUAACGAUCAUACCAGAGGAAACAAGGCCUAGACCAUACAUUGUAGAGCUUCCUGUUUAUGAAACCACAACUUCCAGUGAACACGCUUUAUUUGAAAACCCUCCACUUAUUAAUCCUGAUCUAGUUGCCGUUUCUGCUGAUUAUCCAACUUCCAGUGGACAUACUUUAUUUGAAAACCCUCCACUUAUUGAUCCUGCCGUUUCUGCUGAUCAUCCAACUAUUUCUGCAAAUGCUGGUUGUGAUCUAACAGCAGAUCAACCCUAUGAUAGAAUAGACACACCUG